AUGGGCUUGUGGUAUACUUUUGGGAUAGCUUUGUUCGCUGCGAUCGGCACUUUUCUGUUCGGCUUCGAUACAGGCAUCGCAACGACGAGUAAGCUAAUUACAGUCCUUGGAAACUCAAACACAUCUAACAACUUGGAACAGCGANUUGCGCAUCAGAGCUGGAUCGAUUAUAUGGGCCAUCCAUCAAAAGGUCUUACCGGCGCCGUUGUCGCUGUCUAUAUCGCUGGCGAGGCUCUAGGAGCUCUGACUCAGACUGCCGUUGGUGAUCGACUAGGUCGUUUGAGGUUCAUGCAAGCCCUUUGCGUGGUUGUCACCAUCGGCACUGUGAUACAGACAGCGAGCGUCAAUAUCGGCAUGUUCCUUGCUGGUCGAGUUCUGGCUGGCUAUGCUGUCGNNGGUAAANUGUCCAAUUGGGUCGGCUUUGCCUGCAGCUACGCCUCCUACGGCCCUACACAAUGGCGACUCCCCCUCGGCAUGCAAGUCCCCUGGGGCAUAAUUCUUUUCUGCGGGCUUGCAACAUUCAUGCCCGAUUCUCCUCGCCAAUUACUGCGUAUCGGCAAAGUGGACGAUGCGAGAAGAGAGUUUCUAAAGAUACGCAGGGAUCUGGGGGGGCAAGCGGCGGGUCAAGAGUUUGGAUUGAUGAAGGCGCAGAUUGAAUAUGAGGUUGAGAGGGAAGUCAAGAGUUACAAGGAGAUUUUCCGGUUGUUUAGGCAUCGGGCUUUUGUGUCUAUUGCUGUUCAGACGAUGACUAGUUUGACGGGUGUCAAUGUCAUUCAGGUAUGUUUGAGCUUUUUCACUGCUAUCAAAACACGGCUAACAAAGAGUAGUAUUAUCAAAGUGAGCAAGACGCAAUACCUUCUUCGAGUGAAGAAUACACUAACACACUNNACAGCAAUCUUGUACAAAUCCCUCGGUAUCGGCUCCAAACAAAUCCUAGCUCUGGCUGGUGUAUACGGCACAGUGGCAUUCUUCUCAAACGCCAUCACAACCACCUUUCUCACCGAUCAAUGGGGACGUCGAAAAAUGAUACUUACAGGUUUGGCAGGCAUCGUGAUCGUAGAGAUCUAUGCCGCAGUCAUGCAACGCGAAUUCCAAAAGACGAAUAAUCAAGUCGGCAAAGGAUUUGCCAUCCUAGGCAUCUAUCUUUUCGUCGUGAUUUACUAUGGCAUGCUAAACAGCACAACAUGGCUUUAUGGAGCAGAAGUUCUGCCCAUCGCCCUUCGAAGCCGCGUCAUGGGAUUGGCAGCAGCAUCACACUUUAUCGUCAAUGUCGGCAUCACAGAAGCAGGACCUAGUGCAUUUUCCCACGUAAGUGUGCAAAGGAACACCCCAAUGCCUGGAGUUGCUAAAAAUGUCGCCUCAAAACAUUUUUCUUCUCGCAAACAUACACUUCAGACUAACUCUUUGCCUCUCUUCACCCACUACAGANUAAAAGAAAACUACUACUACGUCUUUGUGGCUUGCUCCUUCUUCUUCCUCGUAAUCGCUUACCUCUAUUUCCCACGCAAGACGCUAGAAGAAAUCGCCGCUGCAUUUGGCGACAAAGUAGUUACAUUGACGGAGAGGGAACUGGCCAUCGAAGAAUCCAUCGCAGAAGACAAGAUUGUAGCGCAACAUGUCGAGGACGUGUAUGAUGCUGGGAAGGUGUAA